GCCCGCUCCCGCUCUCACUAGUCGAACGGUGCCCGACCGGUAACGUAGCGCCGACUGCCGACCGAGACACGAACACCGAACAUGUCUGCCAUGGCGAAGACUUCCAAGUACACCUACCGCAGCAGCGGCGGGGGCACCACCGACGUUAACAUCGAGUACUCCGCCGACCUGAGUGCUCUCUCCAGGCUGGAGGACAAGAUUCGUCUCAUCCAAGAUGAUCUGGAAUCCGAAAGAGAGCUGCGUCAGAGGAUUGAAAGAGAGAAGGCAGAUUUGAGCGUGCAAGUGAUUCAACUGUCUGAGAGGCUUGAGGAAGCUGAAGGCGGAGCCGAGAGCCAGUUCGAGAUCAACAGAAAGCGUGACACCGAACUCCUCAAGCUACGCAAACUACUGGAAGAUGUCCAUUUGGAGUCAGAAGAGACCGCCCAUCUGCUCAAGAAGAAGAACCAAGAGAUCGUAAUCGACUUCCAGGAACAAAUCGACCAGCUUACCAAAACUAAAGCCAGGGCUGAGAAGGAGAAGUCCAAGUUCCAAGCUGAAGUUUACGAGCUGUUGGCCCAAGUCGAGAACGUGACCAAGGAGAAGAUCACCAUCUCCAAGACAUGCGAGAGGCUCGAGAUCACCAUCAGCGAACUCCACAUCAAAAUCGAGGAACUGAACCGCACCAUUGUGGACAUCACUUCCCACAAGCAGCGUCUGUCCCAAGAGAACAUCGAGCUCGUUAAGGAAGUUCAGGACCUCAAGGUCAACAUUGAGAACGUAGUUUACCUGAAGAGUCAGAUCGCCAGUCAACUCGAAGACUCACGCCGCAGGCUUGAGGAUGAGGAGAGAAGGCGCUCUCUGCUUGAGGCCAGCCUGCACCAGGUUGAGAUCGAUUUGGAAUCCGUUCGCGUCCAACUGGAAGAGGAGUCCGAAGCUCGUCUGGACCUCGAACGUCAGCUGGUCAAGGCUAACGGUGAGAUCGGACACUGGCGCUCCAAGUUUGAGGCAGAGGCUGCUGCCAGGGCUGAGGAAAUCGAGGAAAUCCGUCGCAAGUACUCCAUCCGCAUCCAGGAACAGGAGGAGCAAAUCGAGACCCUCAUCGCGAAAAUCAACAACGUUGAAAAACAGAAGUCUCGUCUGCAGAGCGAGGUCGAAGUCCUCAUCAUCGACUUGGAGAAGGCAAACGGUACUGCUCGGGAGCUUCAGAAGAGGACCGAGCAGCUGGAGCGCGUCAACAUCGAGAUCAAGUCCCGUCUCGAGGAGACCGUGCAGUUGUACGAGCAAACCCAGCGCGACCUGCGCAACAAACAAACAGAACUCCAGCGCGUCUCCCACGAACUCGACAAGACCCGCGAACAGAAAGACGCCCUCGCCCGCGAAAACAAGAAAAUGGGUGAUGACUUGCAUGAUGCUCGCGCGAACAUCACCGAGUUGAACCGCCGUCUCCACGAGCUCGAAAUCGAGUUGCGCCGUCUUGAGAACGAGCGAGAGGAACUCACUGCCGCCUACAAGGAGGCCGAAGCUGGCCGCAAGGCUGAGGAACAGCGCUCACAGAGAUUGACGGCUGAGUUCGGCCAGUUCCGUCAUGAGGCUGAGCGUCGUCUGCAAGAGAAGGAAGAAGAAAUCGAAGCCAUCCGCAAGCAGACAAGCAUCGAAAUCGAACAGCUGAACGCUCGCGUCGUGGAAGCCGAGACUAAAUUGAAGUCUGAAGUCACACGCAUCAAGAAGAAGUUGCAAAUCCAGAUUACUGAACUGGAACUCUCUCUUGAUGUGGCCAACAAGACCAACAUUGACCUCCAGAAGACCAUCAAGAAGCAGUCUCUGCAGCUUACUGAGAUCCAGACCCACUACGAUGAGGUCCAGAGGCAGUUGCAGGUGACUCUCGACCAGUACGGAGUCGCCCAGCGCAGGAUACAGUCACUCACCGGAGAGGUUGAGGAGAUUCGUGGCAACUACGAGCAGGCCCUACGCGUUAAGCGCUCAGUCGAGCAGCAAUACGAGGAAUCUCAGACUCGCGUCAACGAGCUGACUGUUAUCAACGUGAACCUGUCAAGCAGCAAGGCUAAGAUAGAACAGGAACUGGCUAUCGUCGCCGCCGACUACGAUGAGAUCACCAAGGAACUCCGCAUCGCCGAUGAGAGAUACCAGCGCGUACAGACUGAGCUGAAACACACUGUCGAGCAUCUGCAUGAGGAACAGGAGAGGAUCGUCAAGAUCGAGGCCGUCAAGAAGUCUCUUGAAAUCGAAGUCAAGAACAUCUCUGUCCGUCUGGAAGAAGUCGAAGCCAACGCUAUUGUUGGUGGCAAGCGUAUCAUCAGCAAGCUCGAGGCUCGCAUCAAGGACAUGGAGCUGGAGCUGGACGAAGAGAAGAGGAGACACGCUGAAACCAUCAAGAUCCUCCGCAAGAAGGAGCGUCAACUUAAGGAGGUCAUCAUUCAGUGCGAGGAGGAUCAGAAGAACAUCUCUCUCCUCCAAGAUUCUUUGGAGAAAACCUCCCAGAAAGUCAGCAUCUACAAAAGGCAGUUGGCUGAACAAGAGGGCAUGUCGCAGCAGAGCGUGACCCGUGUCCGACGAUUCCAGCGUGAAUUGGAAGCCGCCGAAGACCGCGCCGACGUCGCCGAGAGUAACCUCUCCCUCAUCCGCGCCAAGCACCGCACUUUCGUCACCACCUCCACUGUCCCCGGCUCCCAGGUCUAUCUGGUCCAGGAGUCCCGCGCCCUCAGCAGUGAGCGCUUGUGAACACGCUAACUAACAUCGCAACCGCAAAGCAAGCGCCCCACGCACACCCCGCCACAGCAUUUCUCUCAUCAGUCAAUAAGGGGGCGUAAUUCCGGUCGGGUAUAAGCCUAGUCGUUCGUUAAGUGAUUAAAUGUAUUGAUAGAUGGCGCUACUAUUCUUUCGGGUUCAAUAACGCCAUCUGUUGUUUUGUGCUCUGAGUAGGGACGGGCGCUCGGCGCGACGGCUCGCCCUAACGUUGCCGUGUCUCCACACUGGCCAAACGCCGACCGCUCGUCCCGCUUACAUUUUAUAAAUUAUUAUGUAAUACUAAUUCAACCAAAUAAAGGAACCAAAAAUAUUUAAGCUUUUUUUUUUUCAAUAUUUUUCUAUUGUAAGGCCACCGGAACGAUUGACUACGAUGUCGCUAUGUACCGUACUAUAGGUGGGUACCUACAGUAGUCUAAAGUAAAUAACUAUUUUAUAUUACUAUUUAUUAAUGGUGCAUUGCGUAUUGUACGUUUGUAACUGUAACUUUUAUUAAAUAAAAAUAAAUGCUAUUUAUGUUAAACAAACAAAAAAAAGCAAUAAAACUUCAAAAAGUA